CUUGGCAUCUCCAGAUCUUGGCUACUUUUACAUUAUCAAAGAGAGCUUGGGCCAGAAAGUUCGGGAUCUAUUGUUACUGGAUCCCGUGAACAAAGGUGAAAUGGGAGAGGAUUCGGAAAUCUAGUUGAGAUUCAGAGAGACAAAGAAAGCCCAUGUUCCCGUAUGAGGAUGUGACAAUGAAACGAUAGGCCAGAAUGGUAUUAGGGCGGUGUUGUCAGGGCAAAAUCCCGAGUUGCCGGGUCAGCAAGCCAACCGAUAUCCGGCGAGGGCGGCAGAUGGGAAACACCACGCCAGUGCAGGGCAGCACCAUUGUUUGCAGAUGCCCAGUCCAGUCGCACGAGAUGAACCAAACAUAAAGGUCAAGGAGUUCUUCUGAAUUUGAUCAGCUUGGGAAUCUAGACCUUGGAACAUAUCUGAACUCGGAGACUUUGGCUUCCAGAUACCCUAGAGCUAGAGCUAGAGCUACUGUACCGGUAAAGCACUCUCACCCCUCCGCUCGAUCUGCAUCAUUCAUCGGCCGUGGCGAUACGUCAUUAGUUCCUCGCUCGUGCGACGCAGGCCAGAGCUCUGACUUAAACACAAUAACACCCAGACACCGACUGUGCCAUAUCACAUCACACCAUAGGUCCUCCGUGAUUCAUCUACAGACCUCGAGUCCAACACGAAAACCAAUUCUUCUUUCUCUUUGUCUCCUCUAACCUCAACCUCCACCUCGACUUCCACAAUACCAAACCCAAACCACAACCCACAAACCACAAAACCAACCCAACCUUUCUCAACCCCACCACCAAAAAAUGAUCUCCCUACCCCUCCUCGGCCUGCGCGGGCUCCAGUUCCUCUGGACCCUCCUCACCACCGCGCUGAUCGGGAACGUAAUCCGCGAAGCCAUCGCGGGGAACCCAUCCGCCAUAAACUACGCCAUCUUCGUAUGCGUAAUCUCAUGGAUCGCCCUCUUAUUUGGGCUCGCAGGGGUCAUCAUGGAGAGUCUCGCAAUACCGAUCGUGGUGCUUGCUCUGGAUGGAUUAGCGACGAUGUUUACGUUUAUCGCGGGGGUGGUGUUGGCUGCGAAGUUGGGGGUGCAUAGUUGUGGGAAUGCUGUAUGUUUUUUUUUCUUGUUUUCUUUUUGUAUAUGGGGUAAAGGGAUGGGCUAAUGUUGAGGACAGACAUAUACCACUACCAACACCAUGACGAAUGGUUCUCUGAAUACCAGCAAGAGAUGCCACGAACUACAAGCUAGUACCGCUUUCUUCUGGUUUCUCUUCGCCUCAUUCGUCGGGUCGCUCUUCUUCUCGUUCCUCGCUCACAAAUCGGGGUCUCUCUCUAGUAGGAGGAGUGGGCCUUCCAUGAGCCAGGUCUAAUACACCUCUUCUAUAUGAAGAAUGAUUGAAAGGAUGGGUUGUUUUUGGUAAGUCACAUCCUUGGGAUGUUUCCAUGCUUAGAAAUUUCCUUUCUUCUAUGCUAUAUCCACAGCAACAUUUACUUAGUUCCGACUAACGAAUCCAGUAUAGUAUCCUCGCUACAAACAAACAUCAAGGACAAAAAACUGCGGACCAGGAAAACAACACACAAAACAACUCACAAAAGACCAUAAUUGCGCAACGAAAGAAAUUCCUCUUGGUCAGGAUAAUGAUACGAUGGGACUGGAUUACGAACUUUUAAUAACGAUAUGCGGAUGUUUGAAUGGAGGAGGGGCGUUUCGAUUGUAACAUUAUUUUUUGGAGGAGGGGUUGGAUUACUGGGUUUUUUUAAUUGCAUGUUAUUGUAUGGGUUGGAUUGAUGGAUGCAUGCAAUCAUGACUUUGGAUGUAGUAAUAUGGGAGGGACGUAUGGAAGGGCAGAUAUCCGUAUGACAGUAUGAUAAUCAAUAUCAGAGAUGAUUGAAUGCUA